GAAAUAUAUAAACGUUGAGAUGUUCUGCCAAGAGGAUGCGUUUUUGGAAGAUUCAUUCUCAUCAGCAUCGUCUUCACUUUGCAUCCGCUCUCUUCAGUCACUCACUAUAAGAACCAUAAUUAAAUACCAAUUACAUAAUAUUAUAGAACAAAAAAAAUACCAACAAAAUCCACCAAGAUGCGUUCCGCCAUCGUCUUCACGGCCUUCAUCGCCACGGCUCUCGCCGACUGGAGCGCCACGAGCGCUUCGUGGCCCACGAAGACGGUAGCGCCGGCGUCGCAAGAUGACUGCGCCAACAGCUGCCAGUACGAUUACGACGAGUGCUGUGGCGCUCCUGGAGCCAACCUGUCGACAUGCAGCUCUGAAUAUGCAGAGUGCUUGGGCUACAACUCCUUUGACGGCCAGCAGCACGACUACGAGGAAAAGCAAAAGACCACCACCGAGUGCUCCACAAAGCCCACUGCCACUGCCACUGCCACUUGGGCUUCUCACUUUACUCCUCCCCCUACACCGGCGCCGCCCCCUUAUCCCAAGGUGGACUGCAAGCACGUCAAGGAGUGCACAGAUGAGGUCGACAAGUGCAGAACCAAGCCGGAAGCCAACCAGGCUGAGUGCUCUGCCGACUACGCCAAGUGCCUCGGCUUCAACCCGUUCACAACUGAUGGCGCGAACUUGCUCAAGAAGUGUGAAGAGGAGGGCUACAAGCCUGGCCGCAACGAGACUGGACCGCCUCACCCUAAGCCUCCUCCUGUCAUUGUGUCUGGUGCCUCAAGCGUGAAUGCAUUGGGAUUCGUUAGCUUACUUGCUGCUGCUGCUGCCGCUGCUCUUCUGUAAAGGAGUGAACUUGGGUGAACAUUUAUAGACUUGGAGUUUUGGUUGUUGGAUGACAAUUGUUCAUGGACACCAGGGGUUAAUAAUAAACAGCUGCAGUCGCCCACCCAUCCAUACACCGGGAAUGACCUUUAGAGCAUAAAUAUUAAUAAAUUUCCUUUCCGUUCUCGUCUCGAAUUUUCCUCUUAGUGUUUGUGUAAUAAUAACGAGUAGCUCUUUUUGGCCGAGUCUUGUGCUGUGUAAGAGAAGCACCGCGUCGUCGCAUCGAUCAGACCCAAUCU